GUCGGUGUCAUGACGCUCGCUGACUGUGUUGUCCUAACCCAGUCACUGUAGCUGCCGCUGCUCCGCCGUGUUUUUUAGCGAGAACUCGUGAAUACAUGUCGCAGUUAUGUAGCUCACGGGAGGAGGACUUUACCCCGCUGUGACCGGCUAACUUCAGCGUUGUGUGGCAGCCCCCUGGCUCGGCUUGUUUACAGGACUGCGACCCCCCUACCCGUCCCCCCUUCCCCCCCUCCGACCCCUCGUUUGUCCACCAGCUAGCUGUAGCCACACGCUGGUGUGAGCACUGCGAUGUGCUGCUGUUUGUUUUUGUCGUCUCGGCUGGCUUUCCGACUCAUCUGACACAUUUUUGUGAGUCCUGUGCGAAGAAGAAAAUACACUACAUCGUGUUUUUGUUGUUGUUGUUGUUGUUGUCUUAAAGCUAAGAUGUGGCAAAGUGUGGGGCUCACACUGCUGGUCAUUGUGGCCACACUUGUCUGUGCGCUGCUCUUCAUGCUGUUCGGUUGGUAUGUAGUCUGGCAGCUCUUCUUAUCCAAGUUCAAGUUCCUGCGCGAACUCCUCGGCGACGCCAGCACCCCGCCGGCCGAACCGCAGCCGUCCGAAACCAAGAGUGAACGAACGGCGACCGCCCCGACGAGGACUCGGCCCAGGACCGCACGCCAAAGAGUCGCUACUGCAGAAAGCACCUAAGACAACGAAAACUCCCCCACUCUCACUGUGACUGCUCAUCAGACAUCUACGCACGACACUCAGCCCUCCUCUCCUUAGGACACUUUAAACUGACCAGGCAGACCUCCUGGUUCAAAGGGAAAAGCCAUCGCUGUCCAUUUCUCUGUCUUUACUUGUGUACGGUGCGGUGAGUCUGGGGGCUCCGCUCAUGAUCUCCUUGCAGUAGUGACAGCUGCUUCCAUGAGCCCACGCUGCUUCCUGCCAGAAUGAGGAGUACAAACAUCCUCCAUCUUAAACUUUUCUUUUUUUUAACACGUGUGAGUUAGUUUUUUUGAAGAAGGUCGGCAGAUAAAUGUCAAAUACUAGCUCGUCUACAUCAUUUCAACAACUGAAACAGUGACUUGUACAACUGACAGUUUUUAUUUUCCCUUAACUACGUAACAAAGUGCAAUGAAAGGAAUGUGGAAGCUGCCGUUGAGUCGUUUUCUUGCACAGUAUAUUUAUCAUGGAGGAGGCGGAGACGGCCCGAAAAAAAAAGGCUUUUGAGGAAGACGACAAAUGGCACGACUUCAUUCCAGUUGUGUAAACUGUGACCCCCCCCCCCCACCCUCGCUACUUCUCCUUCACUCUUAAUUCUGUACUUGAAGAGUCGGGAGAGCGUUUUUGAGAAAAUGAUGACUGUCGGUGUUUAGCAGCAGCAGCUCUGGACAUCAGGCGUUUUCGGACCAAUCAGUUCUGGACACUCCCCCUGAGAGGAACCGCCCACUAUGGGACACUUCCCACCUUCAAGGCCUCUUAUUUUGAAGUUUAACAACGUGGAUCAAACAACAGACAGAGGACAAAGCGGUUAGAGCUCUCUUGUUAAGUCUUUUGGGUCAUGUGAUGACAAAAAGUGUGAAUUUUAAACUUCCUUAUUGCUCCAUUUGUCCGUCCUUUUGUCCACUUUAUUAACGCUGCUGUUAAACGUGCGUCUAAAGGUGGCUGCGUCGGCUCCAUGAGGAAUGUAUACAGCGAUGGAUGAGGGAUCCUUUUUAAUUUUAUGAAAGCUCCUCAUUUGGUGCAUGACAACCAAGCACGUGGGUCUAAGUUAUUUGAAUCUUCUAGAUAACUUGAGCACUGUGUGGCCAAUAGAGCAAGUCCUCUAGCAGGUUAAUUAAGCCCCGCCUCCAAUCACCAAGGUUUAUAAAAAUAACCCAAACGGCUCCACUUCAGCAGCCUUUUGAGGGUUAUUUAAGUGUCUGUAUUGGGUGGUAAAAGCCUAAAAAGAAAACUAGCUGCUUAUUUUAAUGUAUGUAGAAUGUAAAAGUGCUUUGGGAGGGACUUGAGCAGCUCAAAUGUUUGACAAAUCAUAAUACACUUACGUCUGGACCAGUCCUUGCACACUACAUCUUAAAGGUUCCUCUGGUUUUGUAGAAACUAGAAUGGCUCCCCUUUCUUGCUGUGCAAAAACAAGAAAGAAGUCGGGGGGGUGUCCUCAAACUCUUCUUGGAGCUGUGCAUGAGUUCCUCUGGUCUGAGAACGCCUGAUGUCAGCGGGCGCUCCCAGGCUGCGGUCUGAACCUCCUCCUGCUCCCCGUGCCUCUGUCUGCUCCAGUGCCUGUUUAGAUGGCAUCCACUGUUUUGUUACAUGGCCUCCUUUUGUAAAACUGACUUGGUUCCCAUUACAGGGAGCGUUGAGGAUGACCAUGCAGGGCCUCUUCUGUGUUUAAGUAAUACUCUCCCUCCAGGUAAAGCUCAUGUAACUUUGCACCUUUUUAUCAGCAGUUUAAUUUUUCCAGUGGAGCAGAAGCUUCAAAUAAAUAUCGCCAUGAAUAAAGAUUUUGUUCUGA